AUGUCUGAGCAGCAAAGUGCCCCAGAGCAGCUGGCUGCAGGGAAGAGCCAGGGUGGCGCUGGAGCCACUUACAAGGUGGUGUUGUUUGAGUUUGAGAACUUCCAAGGCCGCAAGGCUGACUUUUCUGCCGAGUGUAAAGAUGUGACGGAGAAGGGUCUGGAGAAGGUUGGAUCAGUGCUGGUUGAAUCAGGGCCCUGGGUGGGCUAUGACCGCCAGGGCUUUACAGGUGAGCAGUUUAUUCUGGAGAAAGGAGAGUACCCACGCUGGGACACCUGGACUAACAGUCAGAACAGCUACAACUUCUUGUCUCUGAGGCCACUCAAAGUGGACGGUGCUGAGCACAAGCUGCAUCUGUUUGAGAACCCAGGAUUUACUGGUAGAAAGAUGGAGAUUGUCGAUGAUGACGUGCCAAGUUUGUGGGGCCACGGUUUUCAGGACCGCGUAGCAAGUGUCAAGUCUCUCAAUGGAACUUGGGUCGGCUACAUGUAUCCAGGAUACAGGGGGCGCCAGUUUAUCUUUGAGCGAGGAGACUUCAAGCACUGGAAUGACUGGGACGCCCCAUCACCCCAGAUUCAGUCUGUCCGGCGUGUGCGGGACAUGCAGUGGCACAAGAGGGGCUGUUUCACCGCUCCUGCCCCUGCCCCUGCCCCUGCUCCAGCUCCUGCCCCUGCUCCAGCUCCUGCCCCAGCUCCUGCCCCAGCUCCUGCCCCAGCCCCAGCCCCAGCCCCUGCACCACCUGCCCCCCCUGCUGCAGCAGGCACGAGCUGA